CAAGUGACUUCUUUUAGUUCAAGAUACCCCUUCUUAAUUAGCCUGAUACAUCUCUAACCUAAGUCUUUCUCAACCUUCUGCUAGGGAAUAUUUCAGCAUAACUUUUAUACAUAGAAACCUCUUUUUUUUUUCUGUGCCUUUUACCUAAGAUUUUCUCAGGUAUUGGACACUGAAAUACAACAAUCUUAUGUUUCUGUAAGUGAGACAAAUAUUACUAUGGGAACAAACAGACAGGAGCAUGAAAUUUCAGACGGAGGAUCUGAGGUAACAUAUCAAGAGAUGGUGGAAAAUGAGGUGAAAGACACUCAGAAAAAUCCAACGCACAGAUUAAUUGCAGAAAGCUGCAAAUCAAACAGCAUGGUCUUAAAGAAACGGCACACGUUGAUUCCUCCUCACAUCAUAGCUGAAGCCAUAUCAAAUAUCCGUGACAUCGAUCUUAGAUGGUCAGGUCCAAUCACACAGAAAGAAAUGGAAUAUGUUGAACAGUAUGUGCUUGCAAAGUAUCCAGAAUAUGCAGGGCUAAUUGAAGGAGAUGGGAAUGGAAUUGACUUAUCUAGCUUUAUCAUCAAUGAGGAGCCUUCAGAACCUUUGUCAGAUGAUAGAGGCAAGUCACCUAGAGAUUCUUCUGGAUACUUGUUUGGUAGUAAUCUCCCUGAAAUGGAUAGAGCCAAGAUCCAGUUGGAGCCAUCAAGAUUACUAGACAUUCUCAACAAGAAAUCCUCAUUCCCAGGAAGUUUCAUUUCAAUCCCAGAAAUCCAAGCUAGAAAUAAGGUUUUGAAGCAUUAUGGGUUACCUGAUGAUGAGUACCUUGUUCUCUUCACUCCAAGCUACAAGGAUGCUAUGAUGUUGGUGGGAGAAAGUUACCCUUUUGUUAAGGGAAACUACUACAUGACAAUUCUAGAUCAAGAAGAAGACUAUAUCAGGGAAUUUGCUUCUUUUAAGGAGUCCAAGGUGAUCUCAGCACCCAAGACUUGGCUAGAUUUAAGGAUCAGAGGGUCGCAGCUUAGCCAAAACUUUAGGAGGAGGUGUAAGAUCAGUUCAAAAGGCUUGUUCUCUUAUCCAGCAGAUGCAAAUGGAACAAUGCAUUGGAUUUCUGAGGCUCAUAGGAACAACUGGCAUGUUCUACUUGAUGCAUCUGCUUUGGUAGUGGGAAAGGAUAGGCUACCUCUCGCGCUUCACCGGCCAGACUUCGUGAUAUGUAGCCUUGACAACACUCAUUCCAAUCCUUCAAGAAUCACUUGCCUGUUAGUAAGAAAGAAAUCAUUUGAGAUCUCAGCUGCUUCAUCCCAGGUAGUUGAAUGAGUGACACGGGGUACUUGCCCAUUAUUUUAGACGACAUUUAAACUGCAGAGCAAUUAGUAAAUUUGGUAUCAUGGACUCUGAGAAGCCAUGAGUUUUUCCUGGCCCUACUUUGUAGAUUGAAUAAAUUAACACAUACAUAUAAAAGACUACUGAAUACUGUUUUGGAUGCAUCUGCAAUGGAUUCCAAAUCAUGUGGGCUAUUUGUAUUUGUAAGUUAUAAUUAAUUAUCUUAGUUUGGUAAAUUAUUUUUGCCAAAUCCAUUUUUUUCAUGACAAUUAAUUGGUUUUGGAGAAUUUUGU